CUAAAUUUACGACACAUGUCCCACUUCUCCGCCAUCAGCAAUAGUUGGUGGUCCGCUGGCUGGGGAUCAUCCAGCCCACGCACCCUAACAGUGAUGGUGUCCAGCAUGUCAUAUGACCUGCUGGGAGAAGAUCCUGGGGGGCUGUCCCACCACCAGGCUGUGCUGCAGCCUGGCACAGAGGAGGAGCUGACACUGCAUGGGUACCAGUCGUCUCCCUGCCAGACUUUCUUCUUCCAUCUCCUGUCUGUCUUGACACUGGGUUCUCUGUACCUGGUCACCUACUGGCGGCCAGAGUGGAGGGUCACCUGGACCUCCAGAAAAUGUGCUCUUACUGAGGCAGAAUUUCUAAUUCUUGUGGACAGAGAUGGGAAGACACAUGUUGAAACUGUGCAUGUUGAAGAUGUAGGCACUGGCUUCCCCAAACAGUAUGUGGUUACUUCUCAUAGAGUUGGAGUAGAAUCCAGCGCCACUGUCAAUGGAGCCUCAGAUUCCACUCACCUAACUGGUGCUUCACAAAGAGUAAUGCGUUACUUUCUGUAUCAACACGUCAAGUAUGUGUGGGUGCCGGAGAAGCUGAUCUUCCUGCGGCUUACAGGUUUUGACCAGAAUACUUUGAUUAGCUCACUACUCACUGACUUCAGAGGAUUUACUGUUGAGGAAGAAAUGCAGAGGCAGCAGCUGCAUGGCUCCAAUGUGAUAAGUGUAGAAGUAAGAUCCUAUUUAAGUCUUCUGGUGACGGAAGUUCUCAACCCAUUCUACAUCUUUCAAGUUGCCUCCAUAAUCUUAUGGUCCUUUGAUGACUACUACCUCUAUGCCAGCUGCAUCUUCUUCAUAUCCAUGCUGUCUGUUUCGAUAUCCUUGUACGAAACACGCAAACAAAGCCAGUCUCUCCACGACAUGGUUGAAGCUUCAAAUGUCAGCAGUGUCUCAGUGUUGCGGAUCACAUCAGAAAAGACUUCAGUUGAGGCAAUAAUGGACAGCAAGGAGCUGGUGCCAGGUGAUGUGGUGGUGGUGCCCCCUGAGGGUUGCACCAUGCCAUGUGAUGCUGUCCUUAUUUCUGGCACAGCCAUUGUCAAUGAGAGCAUGCUAACAGGGGAGAGUGUGCCAGUCACCAAGACCCCUAUCACUGUGUCAGAAGAGGCUGAAGUGUACUCAGCUGAGCAACACAAGCGACACACACUCUUCUGUGGUACAUCAGUCAUCCAGACGAGGUAUUAUGGCAGUGCACAGGUCCUUGCUGUUGUAGUACGAACAGGCUUUAACACAGCUAAGGGAGAGCUGGUACGCUCUAUUCUCUACCCUCGACCCUUGGACUUCAAGUUUUACAGAGAUGCAAUGAAAUUUAUACUCUUUCUUUUCUUCAUUGCAUCUAUUGGCAUGUCCUACUCCAUAUACAUCUACACCAUUCAUGAGGAGGGCUUUGUCAAGACUUUGAUUCGCACCCUGGACAUUGUGACCAUUGUGGUGCCACCAGCUCUGCCUGCAGCCAUGACAGUGGGAACAUACUAUGCCCAAAGCAGGCUCAAGAAGAAAGCAAUAUUCUGCAUAUCCCCUCCUAGGAUUAAUGUUUCAGGCAAGAUCAAAUUGGUGUGCUUUGAUAAGACAGGAACCUUGACAGAAGAUGGAUUGGAAGUGUGGGGUGUCUUGGAGGUCAAAGGAACCCGUCUGGGUUCCCCUGUGAUGGAUAUGUCCACUAUAAACUAUUCAUCCCACCUGAUGGCUGCCAUGGCCAGCUGUCAUUCCCUUACCUACCUGCAUGGAACUCUGACUGGAGACCCACUUGAUGUGAAGAUGUUUGAAGCCACUAAAUGGGAGCUGGAGGAGCCUGAUGAGGAAGACAUACAUCGAUUUGAUAGCCUCAUACCCACUAUUGUCCGUCCCCCUCCCUCUUCCCUCCCACAACCGCCACCUGUCUGUAAGCUUCCUGCACCAUUCCCUAUUUCUCUUGUGCCUUUUUCACUGCCAUCUGGUGUGGACACAAGUAGCUCAGCACCCGCCUUAUCAGCAUCUCCCCAUUCACGGGUCUCCACCUCUGAUAGCACUGUGGAGGGUGAUGGCAACUUGGGGCAAAGCAGCAUCUCCAAUAAGACUUUGGAGGAGCCAGCACCAGGCUCCACCAACUAUGACCAAGUAACACCCACUAUAGUGAAGCCCAGCCAUCAGGAGACAUAUAUGGAUCCUCCUCGCCACUCUGACAUGAUAGAGACGCCUUUUCAGGUACCUUAUGAGAUUGGAAUUGUGCGUCAGUUCCCAUUCAGUAGCAGCACCCAGCGAAUGUCAGUCAUUGUGCGAGUUCUGGGGCAGCAGCAGAUGGACCUUUAUGUCAAGGGGGCUCCAGAAGUGAUUAUGAACCUUUGUGUGUCAGAAUCAUUACCUGCUGACUUGGGGACCAUCCUAAACGAAUACACACUACAGGGCUUCCGAGUCAUUGCCUUAGCACACCGCCGCCUGCAGACCAAGCUCUCCUGGCAUGCCGCACAAAGAAUACCUCGCACCCAGGUGGAGAAGGACCUUGUGUUUGUGGGGUUGCUGGUGUUGCAGAACAUGCUCAAGCCAGAAACAACACCAGUGAUACGGAAACUGGCCAAGGCAAACAUCAGGACAGUUAUGGUCACAGGUGACAAUAUCCUGACAGCUAUAAGUGUGGCUCGUGACUGUGAUAUGGUGGGCACUUCAGACAGAAUACUUGUAGCCAAAGCUUCCCCUCCUACUGAAGACCAGCCUGCAACCCUUAUUUUUGAGCCAGCUCAUGCACCAAAUCCUGCCAGUAAUGAGAAGAAUGUAUGUCUGAACAUUGAUCCAAAGUACCACCUGGCAGUAAGUGGGAAAGCCUGGUCUGUGAUAUGUCAACACUUCCCUGACCUGGUGCCAAGAGUUGUGGCCCGAGGCACUGUCUUUGCUCGAAUGUCCCCAGACCAGAAGGCACACCUUGUCGAAGAGCUACAGGCCAUCAACUACAUUGUAGCUAUGUGUGGAGAUGGUGCCAAUGAUUGUGGGGCCCUGAAGGCAGCACAUGUGGGCAUCUCCUUGUCAGAGGCUGAGGCCAGUGUAGCGGCACCCUUCACCUCCCACACCAGCAACAUAUCAUGUGUACCUCAGGUGGUGUGUGAGGGACGCUGUGCACUCACCACCAACUUCUCUGUGUUCAAAUUCAUGGCCUUGUACAGCAUCAUACAAUUUGUCUCUGUGCUCAUCUUGUACUCUGCUUAUUCCAAUCUUUCUGAUGCACAAUACCUCUACAUUGAUCUCUUCAUUGUGACUGUCAUUGCCAUCUUCAUGGGCUACACUGGACCCAGCGAGGAACUGGUACCACAAAAGCCUUUAGGAAACCUCCUGGGUGCUGCAAACAUGUUCUCCAUCCUCUCCCAGAUCUUCCUAGUCAUUCUCUUCCAGGUUGUAGCGUACUUCUUCCUUCUUCAGCAGUUAUGGUUUGAGCCAAAUAAGCCACCAAAGGAUGAGUCAGAUAUUUUGGUGUGCUGGGAGGCAACCGUUAUCUUCUAUGUCUCAAGCUUCCAGUACCUCAUCCUGUGCAUUACAUACUCACCGGGCAAGCCAUUCAGGAAACGACUCAUCAGUAAUGUCUGGUUGACAGUGGCACUACUGGUGCUUGGGACUGUCAACCUGCUGAUGGUGCUUUCUCCGUGGUCAUGGCUAAUGGAUUUCAUGAGCCUCUAUCAUGAAGCAAACAAACACAUGAUGUUCCGGAUCACAUUGCUUCUGAUGGUGUCCAUACACAUGGUUAUUUCUUAUUGUACUGAGCUGCUUGUCACCAGUGGUUCCCUUAAGAAGUGCUUCCAAUGUGUGACCUGCAAGAGGGGACCCAAGAACAAGUACAAGAUAGUGCUGCAGGACAUAGAGGCAGACCCCACAUGGCCCCCCAUGUCUGCCCCACUCUAUGGGCUAUAGGGCUACCUGGGAGUCUGGCAUUCAGGGUGGUUGAUUUAGUCCUUUGUUACAAGUCACUGGCUCUGGACUCCUUUUGCAUGCAUGAGCAAGGCAAUCAAAAUGCUUGGUUGUUCGGAGUAUCUCACUGCAGCAGGAUCUCACACAGCACUGUAGUACCUAUAUAAUCUCAGUUUUAACAUUACUUAUUAUAAAUCACAUGUGAAAGGAGAUGCAAUGAAAGAAAAGGUUGGAGCUAAAGAUAUAAACACAUAUUCCAAUUCUGUUAUUUAUAUUCAUUCACUGUCCUUUAUGCUUGUUUUUAUCCAAGUUAAGAAUAGGAAGAAUGGUUCAAGAACCCCUUGGUUUCAACAUAUUCAUCUGUCUUUCCAUGCACUGGAUCUGAUACCUCUUCCUUUGAAUUUUUCAAGAACAUAUUCAAGUAAAAGUCAUCACUCAUGUUUGUAUGUUCCUCAUAUUGCCACAUUCCAGUUCUCUUACUCUGCUUCCUUCUUGUUUAUUGAAUUCUAUUAUAUUCUGUCCUGUCAUUUUGUGUUGCAUCAUCUCAUACUCUUGCAGUAUAUAAACCUACUCUUGCUUCUGGAGUAGAGUGACAUGUCUGCUUCCAUUUACAAAAACUUUACCGUUUGUCUAGAGUGUAACUAGUUUCACAAAUGGUAUGCAUGACUAUUUAAUGAAUCAAACAUGAUUCAGUGCACUUUUAAUUAUAUUUAUUUUGUGUGAUGUACUGCAAAUAUAUGUCAUAAUUCCCAUUUAUCUAUAUAUUUGGUUGAAAUUCAUCCCAAUUUCCAAUUCCCAAUUCCCUCACUCUGUCCCUCUCAGUCACCCUUCCUGAUGUGCAGGGAAUUCAGUGGCAGUAUUCUUCUAACCCAGCCACAGUAUGUGCAGUGAGGCCAACCUCUUCCUGUCCGAGUUUGUCUUGAAAGGCACUUCAAAGGAACAGGAAUAGCUAGGUGAGAACAAGGAACUUUAUAAUUCAUACAAAAAAAAUGAGGUUCCCAUUGUUUCUUUUAAUGUUAUAUACAUUUUAGAAAUUUUAUAUACUUGUGGCAUCUAGGUUGGCAUCUUGAAAAGAAAAAAUCAAAACAGAAUUCAGUUCUUUGUAAAAUAUUUGAGUUUUAAAACUUCAAAGAAUUUGGCAAAAUUCACAUGUGCUUAAUUUUAAAUUGUUAUAUGUAUAGGUAUAUUUGUGUGCAUACACUUCACUGUAAUGACCAUCUUGUCAUGUUUAUUUUGUGGGGUUUGUUUGUUUGUUUGUGUUAGUCUUGUCUCAGGCAGUUUGCCUUGCCGCCCAGUAGUAAGUAAAGUGUGUGGACUCUUAGAAGUUUUCUUAUAUUUCAUAGUGAAAGCCACAGAUUAAUGUAGCUCUUCAGUUUUACUUCAUAUACCACUUGCCACUUCAUUCUGUCAGUUUGUGAAAACUGAAGGUCAAUAUCACUGGUACUGCUGAGAGGGACAACAUGCAUGAUUCCUGAAUUCUAAUGGCAUGCUGUGCCAUUUAAUUUUAUUUCUUUUACAUAUAAUCCAAAUAAUUACAUAUUUAUCUUUUGUUGACGUCAUACUGUACAAAAAUGGCACAAAUUAUUAUGAGUCUGCAGGAAACUAACAUCACAAAACAGCCUUUUCAAUAAAAGGUUAUGAGCACAUAUUUAGAAUACUGCCACCUAUGCACAAAGGGUUGCAGGAUGAACUUUUUGUUUCAUGGCAGAUAUAUUCACCCAGGAUGUUUUUCAUGCAAAACAGGGGUGCACUAUUCAAAGUGUACAGUAUGUAUGUAUAUACAGAUGCUCCCUGACUUACAAACAAGUUAAGUUCCAGAUGACUGUUCAUAAGUCAUUAUUUUUGUAUAAUAUCUUGGGUGUAUACAUCUAGGUAAUAUAGUAAAGCUCUGUUAAAACAUUUGUAUAGAGUUCACUAUGAUAAAGAUACUGUAGAUGUAAUAAUAAAACAAAACUAAUUAUAUUAAUAAAUUACACAAAUACUGUACUACUGUGCUGUAACCACAAACUACAUUUACCAUUUUCUCCACACUCAAGUUUCUUUACUAUUGCCACCUUGUUUCCAUUGUGAUAGGAAUCUUCUUAGCAGUGCCACUUUCAUCACUAGCCUUAUGCUUGUCACCAGCCAUUAUUAGUAAUCACAAAGUUGGAAAAUAUGGAAAAAAAAAAAAUUGAGCACAACAGAAUGGGUGUUAUCAGGGCAGGAGUUGAAUGUGAACAGCAUGGCACCUCUCUCCUUUGCUACACUGGUGCCUAGCAUUGGUAAUAGCCAAAAGUGGCAUUAGGCAGAAAGCACAUAAGAAUUUGAACCUGCAGUGGAGUGGCAAAUAGAAUUUGUUUUCUUGUUCAUACUUCCAGAUUUUCAUAACUUGGAUGUCUGUAAGUCAGGAUGUGUGUGUGUGUGUGUGUGUGUGUGUGUGUGUGUGUGUGUGUGUGUGUGUGUGUGUGUGUGUGUGUGUGUGUGUGUGUAUAAUAUAUAUAUAUAUAUAUAUAUAUAUAUAUAUAUAUAUAUAUAUAUAUAUAUAUAUAUAUAUAUAUAUAUAUAUAUAUAUAUAUAUAUAUAUAUAUAUAUAUAUAUAUAUAUAUAUAUAUAUAUAUAUAUAUAUAGACACACCUCUAUAGCUUAAUGGAGAGGAUUUUCACCUGUUACAUGACAGGCAUAGUUUCAUAUACAGCUUAGGAUUUUUCAUUGACAGUGAGUCAUUCUUGUCCUUGAGCAAGGGAUGGGGUGUCUAGCAUGUGUGAGGUCUUAGCCUUAUCCAUAGAUUGUCAUUCUGAGCUUAAAAAAAAAAAAUACAUUAGCAUAACAGCUGGUGGACAAAAGUGAUUAAGUACUUGAUGAAUGGUGAACUACACACACACACACACACACACACACACACACACACACACACACACACACACACACACUACUUGCCAGCUUUGUGGUAUCAUCCUUCACUAUCACUUGGCAGGUUUUCAGUGAUGAGCAAGCCUUGCUGUCCUCCUUGAGCCAGGGGCUGUGCUAUUGUAUAUGAUAUAUUUAAAGUCUUAGUUAUAGAUUGGCCUAUGUGACCACCAAGCUUUCUCCAUAGAGGUAACAGCUGAUAGGAAUCUAGCAUGUAAUCCUCAAGACCACACACAUAUAUAUACAUGCACUUUGGGAAUUGGGAAUAUCUUUGUGCAAGAAGUUAUGAAUACAAGAAGAACUGGCUUUGGUAGAUUUGAUAUAUGUGAAAUAGAUGAAAGAUGAGUCUCAGUUUGAUACUGUUGAAAGGGAAACUCAGUUUUUGAAGGGACAAUAUAUAUAUCUUUGAGUAGUACAUGUAUACUAGUGGAUGACCUGUUAUAGUGAGUAAUUACACUAAUAGGUGCCUCAACAUCACAGUGUCAAAUAUUGGACAAAAUAUUUUCUAUCAAAAUACUCAUGUAAUUAUUAAUAAAACACAAAAACAAA